CCCGAGCCCGCGCACCGCCCUCGUCCCGGCGCCGAGGGCCGGCCAUGCCAGGCCGCCUGCUGCGGGGCCUGUGGCAACGAUGGCGCCGUUACAAGUACCGCUUCGUUCCUUGGAUCGCGCUGAACCUAAGCCACAACCCGAGGACCCUUCGGUAUGUUCCAGAGGAAUCCAGAGACAAGCUUAUUUCAGACGAAGAUGUCCUGGGCACAUUACUGAAAGUUUUUCAGGCUCUAUUCUUAAAUGAUUUCCAUAAGCAAUCAGAUACCUUGGCCAUGCUUCCUGCACCUGUUAGGUCAAAAUAUCAAGACCUGCUGACAGUUCAACAUCAAAGGGAAAAACUGCUUGAAAAUAGUCAACAGCAGCAAAAUACGUUUAAACCUGAAGAAAUAAUGUAUAAGACUUUGGGUUUCAGUGUGACCCGAGCCACUAGCUCAUUGACUUCCGCUGGAAAAGGUGUCUUCGUGACUGAAGGAUUGGUACCAAAAGGCGCGGUUGUAUCUAUGUAUCCGGGCACAGUAUAUCAGAAGUAUGAACCCAUCUUUUUCCAGUCCAUUGGAAAUCCAUUUAUUUUUAGAUGCCUUGAUGGUGUACUCAUUGAUGGAAAUGACAAAGGAAUAUCAAAAGUUGUGUACAGAUCUUGCAAUGGCAGGGAUCGGCUCGGCCCUUUAAGAAUGAGUGACAGCACAUGGCUAACGUCAGACAUUCAUAAUCCACUGGCCGUAGGACAGUAUGUCAACAAUUGUUCCAAUGACAGAGCAGCUAACGUCUGCUAUCAGGAAUUUGAUGUGCCUGCCCUUUUUCCUGUGGAACUGAAGCAGUAUCUUCCCAACAUUGCCUACAGCUCUGACAAGCAAAGCUCACUUCGAUGUGUUGUUCUUGUUGCCCUCAGGGAUAUCAAAGAAGGAGAAGAGCUUUUUUCAAACUAUUUUACAAUUGUCAGCUGACUGUGUAAGUUAGAAAUUGGUUUUCUACUCAGUUAUUAAUUUUCAAUUUUUUUUUUGUGGCUCACUUCUUCCAACUCCACCUGUAGAACAAACAUUUCAAGACUUAACUGGGACAGAAUUUUUUUGUCUUGUGUUCCAAUUUCAUGAUAAAGCAAUUAGCUUCAUUGCAACUUCAAAUGUGUAAUGCAAUUUGGUCUUCUCCUAACUAUACAACAGCUUAUAAAACCUACUAUGUGAAUUUAAAUUUCUAUUUUGUAUUAUCUUUGGGGCAGUUUAUAAAACUUUAGCCACACAUCAGCAA